AUGGCAGGCUUAAAGCCAACCCUCCACCACAUGAACAACUCGCAAUCUCAACGUAUCCUCUGGCUCCUGGAGGAGCUCGAAAUCCCAUAUAACCUCGAACUCCACCAGCGCGUGGAGCAAAGAUCUCCGCCCGAAUUGAGACAGACCCAUCCCCUGGGGAAGGCACCGCAACUAGAGACCGGCGACGGGCGCGUCAUCGCCGAGUCGGUCGUCAUCGCCAAGUAUCUAAUCGAGACGUACGAUAAGGCCGGCAAGUUCAGGGGCGACGGGAAUCCCAAAAACGACACUCUUCGCGAUGAGCAGUUGUGCCUUCUCGCGGCGUCGAGCCUGGGGCCCGUGAUGCUCGUGGACCUGAUCCUCCUGUUCGCCAGCAGGAUGACGCCCUUUUUCGUCCGGUGGCUGAUGGCCCUUGUGCACUCGCAGAUCCGGACGCAGUUCUCUGGACCGGAGCUGGACUUGUACUAUCGAUAUCUGGACGACCAGCUCGAGGGGCAGGAUUACUUCAUGGGGAAUACCGCGCCUGGGAGGGCGGACUUUGUUCUUAGUUAUCCGGUGCAACAGUGCAUCGCGGUGGCGAUGGUGGAUAUCAAGAAAUACCCUAGGAUCGAGCAAUGGAUUGCUCGGAUUCAUGAACGGCCUGCGUGGAAGAGAAGUCUCGAGAAAGGCAACGGGUAUGAUUUGGCGUUUGAUUGA